AUGCCUCGAGGACAUCAGGCUAGACUUAGAUCGGCAAGGUCGUUCGCUAGGAGCCUGCUAAGACAACUGAGACCACAAAGGAGUGAGUCGGCAUCAGGUGACGGGGAACAAGAAAGACCAACAAGGAAACGAUACAAACACGCCGAUCGAUUCAAGAGCAGACGCAAGAAGAUACGUGACCUCGAGCAGGAAAUAGAGGGUGUCCCAACUCUGUUUGAACUCAAGGACAUUCUGUAUGACGAGAACAAAUCCAUCGAGUUCCUGCGAAAGAAAGGGGUAAUCAAUAUUCCAACCACGUGUGACAGAUGCAGCAGCCCCGUGGGCCAGGACUGGACGAGACACCAGGUGCGUUGUCAGAAGACGAACUGCAUGUACAGGCCCCCAGUCAAGUGUGAAUUGUGCCCGUGUGGAGAACUUCAACAGACAACGACUUCUUUGGGAGAUCAAGGUGUGCGGUGCACCGCAGAAGAAUGCGGAUGGGAGUGGAGCCCAGGCAAAUGCUGCACGCGAUCAUUCUUCCGGAACAGUGUUCUGGAACGAUGUCAUCUGCCAAAGAAUGAGGUUGUUCACCUCAUCUAUCUUUGGUUGAACAAAGCGACCAACACACAGGUUUGCCAGCAACUUGGCUGGAAUUCCGAGACAGCUGGGCGUUGGUUGAAGUAUUGCCGACAGCUUGUGACGGAGAUGAUAGUCACUCAGCCUCACGUGAACAACAUGAUUGGAGGGCACGAUGUCAUAGUGGAAAUCGAUGAGUCAAAAAUGGCACGGAGGAAGUACAAUCGAGGAAGACGAGUGAAGGGAAGUUGGGUCCUCGGAAUGGUGGAAAGAACAGCAGAGAGACGGAUGGUUCUUGUGGUGGUGGACUCUCGUGACAAGAAGACGCUUGAGCAUUCCAUCAAGACAUUUGUUCAUCCAGGAUCAACAAUUCACACGGACAUGUGGAAAGGGUAUAUCGGUUUGGAGAGAAUCGGGUAUACCCACAAAACGCUUUGUCACAAAUACGAGUUUGUUGCCGAGGACGGUACUCACACGCAGACAGUUGAGGGCAACUGGACUCCUCUAAAAAAGGCAAUUCCGGUUCAGUGCAGAGAAGGUGCCGACCUCCAGGACUAUUUGUUCGAGUACAUGUGGAGAAGGAAGAACCUGGGAAGACAGUGGGAAGCGAUGUGGCAAGGCCUGGCGAGGGUACGAUUGACACGGCGGGAACUCCAGGUGAUCUUGCAGGAACGAGAGAACAGUUGUGAGGACGACGACGACGACUACUGUCCAGUCCUCGACUCUAGAUUGGAUGCAGAGGAGGACGAGGCUGGUGACACACAGUGGGGCGACUUCGGGGAUGACACUUUCACUCCGGAUACGGAUGACGAGGGUGAGAACAACGGCAAUGGUGAAUCUACCGACGAGGACGUAGAACGAAUGACGGAAACGAUCGCAUACGAGGUGAUCAGUGAGCUGAUGGCGGGAGGCGCCAUUGACCGAUCCAUCUUCUUCGAUGAGCAGGGCAACCAGUUUGGUAUCAUAUGA